ACAUAAGCCAAUUAGGUUUUGAUGCGGCAUCAACAGACACAUUUGGCAUAGACGGGAAAACGUGUCUACAUUGUCGCAGUUCUACUUUACAGCUGAUAAUAAGAAGUAUCGAGAAAACACAAGAUUUCAAUUAUAGCAUCAGACCACAAAAUUGA